UUGGAGCAAAUAGUCGCCCACUGCUGUGCUAGUGGUGGUCAUGGGGAGGGGGCAGGGCAGAUGAAGAGGGGCACUUUUAAAGCUUUUGAUAAGCAGUAAAUCACAUCAAGCAGUCGAGGGGAUGUGUCUGGAUAAAUCACUUCCUCGUCUUGUCUCUUGAACUGUGAUUGUGUUUUUGCCACCCCGAGAUGAGAGCGGUUUUGCCUGGAAAGGGGGGUUUAAUGCGCUGCCGGGGCUGCUGGGUUUUACCGGCCCACUGAGGGAGCUGCUCAGUUUCGCCCCACACAGAACAAGAGUUCAGCACACUGAGUCGAGAACUCAAGACGGAUGCCAGCCUCCCAAGAUCCCCAGGAGAACCUCCCUUGAGAGAACAUGGGUGACUAUGAUGAAGACACAGCCUUCCUGGGGCAGGCCGGUCCAUACUUCUGGACCACAUUCUGCCUCCUCAACACCAUUUUCAUCUCGACCGGAUUCAACGGGCUCUACAUCAUCUUUGUCGGGGCGGCCCCCGAGCACCGCUGCCUCAUCCCAGAGGUCAACCUCACAGCGGCAUGGCAGGAGGCCAUCAUCCCGGUAACGCAGGUGAACGGCCACGAGGCACGGAGUCAGUGCAGGCGCUACAACCUGGAGGUGGUCAGGAACCUCUCGGACAAGGGUUUUGCUCCGGGGAGCGACGUCAACCUCACGGGGCUGGAGCAGGAGGGCUGCUUGGACGGAUGGAGCUACAGCAAAGACAUUUACCAGGCCACCAUCGUCACUGAGUGGGACCUGGUCUGUGACAACCAGUGGAAAGUUCCUUUUGCCUCCUCCACAAUGUUUGUGGGAUAUCUCCUGGGCUCGCUCAUCUCCGGCCAGCUUUCUGACAGAUUUGGGAGGAAGAAGAUUAUCUUCAUCUCUCUUGCAGCUCAGUGCCUCUCAGUCCUUUUGCAGUCCUUCUCCCAAUCAUGGAGGAUGUUCUGUAUUAUGUUCCUCUUUGUCGGAGCCUCACAGAUUUCCAUCUAUGUUUCCGCAUUCGUUCUAGGAACGGAGGUGUUCAGCAAGACGCUACGUGUGAUAUUCACAACUCUCGGAGCGUUCCUCUUCUACUGCAUCGGCUACAUGAUGCUGCCAUGGAUCGCGUACGGCAUCAGAGAGUGGAGAACCUUUCUGGCUGUUCUGUCCGCCACUAGUGUGGUCUACAUCCCUCUUUGGUGGUUCAUUCCAGAGUCCCCUCGGUGGCUCAUCACCCAGGGACGAGUGGCGGAGGCCGAGGCCAUCGUAAGAGACGCCGCGCGGAAGAACAAAAAUGAGGCGCCCCUUGUCAUCUUCAGAGGAUCUGAGCUGCAGUCACCGCCCCCAGGCAGAGUGUACACCAUGCUGGACGUUCUGAGAUCCAAUAACAUACGAUGCAUCACACUGAUGUGUCUCGUUUUGUGGAUGGCGAUAAACGUUGGUUAUUUCGGUUUAUCGCUGAACACCUCCAACCUCAGCGGAAACCCCUUCAUAAACUGCUUUUUAUCGGCGACUGCAGAGGUGCCUGCUUACAUCGUCUCCACGUGGCUGCUGAAGAAAUGUCCCAGGAGAGCUCUUCUGUCCACCUUCCUGUUCAUUGGAGGAGGAGUUCUGCUGCUUAUCCAGUUCAUUCCCACAACCCUCGAAUAUGUGGCCUUAGCUCUGGAAAUGACUGGCAAGUUUGGCUUCACCAUGGCCUUCAGCAUCGUCUACAUCUACACGGCGGAGCUCUACCCCACCGUGCUCAGGAACGUCGGCAUGGGGAUGUGUUCCUCUGCUGCGCGCAUUGGCAGCAUCACCGCUCCUUAUGUCAUCUAUUUAGGCUCUUACAACAAGGCUCUUCCAUACAUCCUCAUGGGAAGUCUCACAAUCGCCUCCUCUGUGGUCAACUUCUUUCUUCCAGAGACCCACAACACAGACCUUCCAGAAACUUUGGAUCAGAUGCAGGAAUGUCAGGGGUUGUGCAGCAGACCCAAAAGGAAGAAAUACAUUGAAAAUGGGGGAAGUGGACACCCACCAAAUCAACACGAAGCCAAAUGUGACACUAUAUAGACUCUUCAGUCGCACUGAUUCAUUUUUGUGAGUCAAGGGUUAGCUUGAUGCUACAUUGAUGCCUGAUUUGGCAUUUUUGUAGAUUGUUCCAUUUGUGUUUGAGGUUGAAACACAUGGAUACCUCAUUGGUCUUUGAUUACUAUAAAUAAAACGGAUAAAGCUUCACAAUUAAUAUGCAUGCUCAAUUCCUCUCACCCGUCCUGCAUUCAUGUUUAUUAUUGUGGUGUAGGACGACAGUGGAACAUCGCUCAGCGUCAUUAAUUCCUUCCACAAGUCUAACUGAAAUGGACACUCACUGUAGCGGCCUCUUGGAAUGAAUUAGUCAGACGUGGAGUUUCAAACGGGUGCCUUUAUUCUUCUGGCUCAGUUCUUGCACCUUGAGCACCAUAAGCACCGUGAAAACUACAG